AUGGCCACACCAACUCCAGUAUUAACGGCCGAGGGUCUCGCCAAGACUCUUCGAAUGGCAAUAAGACAAACGACGGCAACCGUAACAAGCGCACCAACAGCUACCGGCGUGGACUUCUUGACUACAGAACAUAUUACUAUCGACGGAUUCACCAAUGCUCACGCAACAAACCCUGGUAAGACGAUAGACAUCGCGAUACCCACAUGUAUCCAGACGAUAGAGCCGGACGCCAACGGAUACCUGCCUCCGGGCACAUGUAAUGCCCUCUGGGACUAUUAUCCAAGCUUCUCAGCUGCUCUCGCCUUCGCGAUCCUCUUUGGGUUACUGACACUUGCUCACUUAUACCAGGGCAUAGCAUAUAGAAAGAAAUUCUGCUGGGUCAUCGUCAUGGCUAGUUUCUGGGAAACGAUGGCCUACCUAUUCCGCACCGUUAGCACUCGCUACCAGUCAAACACGGCUAUAUACCUAGUAUUCCAGAUCUUCAUUCUUCUCUCGCCGCUGUGGGUCAAUGCUUUCUGCUACAUGGUCCUCGGUAGGAUGAUCCACUUCUUCACCCCUUCACGCCAAGUAUUCGGGAUACCGGCGCCGAAUUUGGCUGCGGCCUUCGUGACUUUCGAUUUCAUCGCAUUCUGCAUACAGCUCGCGGGCGGUUCCAUGGCAGGUCCGACGGCGCCCGCGGACGAACAGCUGAAAGCCAUUCAUAUAUACAUGGGCGGCGUCGGUCUGCAGCAAUUCUUCAUCGUCGUGUUCGUCGUGUUCGCGGUUAAGUUUCAGUUAGAUAUGCGCGAUCUAAGGACCUUUAGUAGUCAGCAACCCAGUUGGAGGUCCGGGUGGCGCCCGUUGUUGUUCACGCUGUAUGCGUCCCUGACAUGCAUCACUAUUCGUAUCAUAUUCCGAUUAGUUGAGUUUUCGUCCGGGUCGACCGGUGUGUCGAAUCCUUUGUUGACCAAUGAGAGCUACUUCUACGUGCUCGAAGCAAUGCCGAUGCUGUUUGCUAUUCUUUCUUUUAACGUCAUCCACCCGGGAAUAGCUCUGGUCGGGCCCGAGUCCGAAAUGCCCGGAUUCUUUUCUACGUGUACGGGCUUCCCUCGGAAGAGAAAGCAUUUUAAGGAGUUGGACGAGUCUGAAGGUGAGGAGAUGCUCGACCUUACGGACGUAGAUACCUCCGGACUUCCAUAUAUAGCGGAAUCCCCCAACUACGCCGCUCCCUUGGUAUACAUGGACUCUGCAUGGACCUACCGGCUUUCAUGUCCAUCGACCCUUACUAGAACGCCACCUUCAACGGCGAGCGGAGAAUCAUAA